GAUUUAAUACAUCGAUACCGAAUUUAGCCAUCACUACGUACGACCUAUUUUCAGAACAGCGGAAAAAAAAACGCUAUAUUUUUUUUGCGAAAAACAACGAAGAUUGCGACAGCAUUCGUUUUUAGCAGUCACGGACAAAUUUGUUGCAAUUCGCGGACAUUGCAGCAGAUACAGAUACAUUUUCCAGUGUAAACCAAUGUGCGCAAAAUGAAAGUAACAAUCAAGUCAUGGACGGGAGUUGCAACUUGGCGUUGGAUAGCGAAUGAUGAUAAUUGCGGUAUUUGUCGCAUGUCCUUCGAGAGCACUUGCCCAGAGUGUGCGCUGCCCGGUGACGAUUGCCCCCUGGUGUGGGGUGUCUGCUCCCAUUGUUUCCACAUGCAUUGCAUUGUCAAGUGGCUCAACUUGCAACCAUUGAACAAACAGUGUCCCAUGUGCCGCCAAAGUUGGAAAUUCAAUAUACACUAAACAAGGAAUCGGAAGCGGAAACGA